AUGUUAGGGCUGCGCAGUCCUCUUCUGGCUGUGCUGGAGAGUGCUCUGUUUGGGGUUCCACUGGCCACCCUGUUGGAGAAUGACCAGAAAGUCAAAUCCACUGCUACCACUCCUCUCAUCCUGCAGGCGCUGCUGUGGUUCCUGGAGAAGAGGGGAGUAGACUCAGAGGGUAUUCUGCGGGUUUCAGGCUCUCAGUCCAGAAUCAAGAAGCUGCAGCAGGACCUGGAGCAGAACUUCUACUCUGGAGGGUUCAGCUGGGACGAGGUCAGUCCUAACGAUGUCGCCGCCCUGUUGAAGAAGUUUAUCAGAGAACUACCCUCUCCACUUCUCACCGCGGAGCACCUCAACACCUUCAGUGCUGCCAGGGACAUCCCUGAGCUGAAACAGAAGCUACACGUUCUGAACCUCCUCAUCCUCCUGCUGCCUGAACCCAACAGGAACACACUCAAGGCUCUGUUGGAGUUCCUCUCCAAGGUAGUCUCCAGAGAGAGGAGGAACCGUAUGAACCUGUGGGCCGUGUCCACCAUCAUGGCCCCCAACCUGUUCCUGUUCCUCCACAAGGCCGUACCUUCCCGCCUCUCUGACGGGGGGCCAGGGGUGGAGAAAGGACAUACUGAGAAGGCCCCCAACCUGUUACUCCACAAGGCCGUACCCUCCCGCCUCACUGACGGGGGUCCAGGGGAGGAGAAAAGACAUGCUGAGAAGGCUGCUGACAUCAUGAGGCUACUCAUACGCUACCAGGACCUGCUCUGGACCGUGAGCACUGCCUGGACCCAGAGACCCAUCUCCUGGACCUGUACAACAACAACCCCAGUGGAGAGUGGGUCAUCAAACCGAAACCACUGACCACCAGUAGGGGACUGCAGAUAUAAGACAGUCGCAGGAGGAGGGAGAGACCAGCAGGGGGCUUCAAGAGCCAGCCAGAGGAGGAGGSAGACCAGGUGGAGUGGAGGAGAAGAGGAUGCUGCCACCACAAACCACUUCAAGACUGAGCCCUCUCUCUGCCCGUUGCGGGGGAGACCAGACUAGGAGAAGUAAAGCAGCUACUGCUGAUAAACACACSACCUCCAGACUUCAGGUGGAGGAGUGGCUGAGCUUGUGUCUGAGGCUGCUUCCCGGCUUGUCAGCUAAGCUCUCAGGCUCUCAGCCAAUCACUUCCCAGCAUCCGCAGAAGCCCAGAUGGGAAUCUGAUGCAGCUGCCACUGAGUCUCUCUUUCUUUCUUUCUGUCUUUCUUUCUUUCUCUCCCACUCUCUCUCUCCGUUCCUUCUGCUCAGGCCAUUUGAUCACAAAGUAAUAAGAGAGGAACAUGCAUCUCUUUUCCUUGUUUGUCUAUUUCUUUAAUGUCACACAGAGGGAAAGUCAGGUACUCUGAUGAACUGAUGUAAGGGACAGGGACUCUUAGGUCCRUGUCCCUGAUGGCUCUUGGCCUCUGAUGGCUCCAUAAGAGCGCAGGGGACAGAGGGCAUAGUUCUCUCUAAGGGAUCAAAGGUCAACCUCUAAGACAUGAUUAUAGUACCUCUAACGGGAACGGUUGUUUAAGACAGAUAGUGAAGCUGGACUUCAACCUUUCUGUUUGUUUUUUGUUUUUGAAGGAUUUGAUGAAGUAUUGAAUAUCACGAUGGAUUGACUAUUUAUAAUUGAUUGGAUGUAUCUGUAUGUAUAUGUAUGUAUGUAGUCAUUAAGGUUCUCCUUUGAAAUGGUUCAAUAUAUGUUUCUGAUAGUAACAUAACAGUCAUGUAAGCUCAUCCACUCUUUUCGGGGACUUUUUUUCAGACAGUGUUCUUAUUCUUGUAAAUGUUUUUGAUCAGUUGUACUUUGCUGCGGUUCUGCAUAUUUAUUCUCUAGUCCUAUUACCCAUGUGUCAUCACUCCUUUAGAAUACAUUUCUAUAUGUAAUCUAUGAA